AUGAACAUCGGGCUGCAUCAAGACGGGAUCGAUCUCAGCAGCAUGCCACAAACCUUCAAAGAUGCCGUCGCCGUGACACGAUAUCUGGGCAUGCGAUAUAUCUGGAUCGACUCCCUCUGCAUCGUGCAAGACGACGUCCUUGACUGGGAGUGCGAAGCCGCCAGGAUGGCUGACGUGUAUGGCUAUGCCUAUCUGGUUCUGGGCGCAUCAUCUGCAUCUGACGGUACGAAGGGCUUCUUGGGCCGCCGCCAUUACUCCAGGGGCGGCGUGACGGUUCCCUGCGCAGCGAGUCCGCGUAAAUUCAGCAAAAUCCACUAUCGGCCGGUGUUGGACCACAGGAAGGCGCUGUUCUCCGCAAACUUUGACGGUCCAUUGUCAGAGCGAGGAUGGGCAUUCCAAGAGAGGGCUCUGGCAAAGCGCUUCGUUUCUUUCGGCGAGUUCGAGCUCCAGUGGGCCUGUCGCUCGCUUGAAGAUUGCGAAUGUGACGAAUUCGACCUCAGGAAAUCCCAAGUAGGGCGUAAGCUUACCUUCCAAGCGGACAAGCUGGUCGCUUUGUCGGCGAUCUCCCGAGUCUUCCAAGAGCGGGUGGACGACGAGUUCCUCGCAGGAUUGUGGAGAAGGGAACUGGUUCAUGAUCUAAGCUGGAACAGAUCUCGGGUAGAAGAGUCGAGGGAAUGCCUUGGUGCGCCGUCAUGGAGUUGGGCUUCUAUCGACGGUGCCGUUUCCUGGUGGAAAUCCUCCUUCGUUGAAUCACUGAGACAUAUGGAGCCGUGCCAAGUUAUCGAAGCAGAAUGCACUGCAACCUUUCAGGUCAAUCCCUUCGGGUCUAUGGAAAGCGGAUAUGUCAUCCUGGAAGGUCUUCUGAUCAAGGCCACUGCAAAGUAUCUCCACAAUCCACCGCCGUCGCAGGAGGGCCGGCACUACUUUUUGACUGAAUGGCCUGCUGGGGAGUUCUUCGUAGACUCGUUUCUAGGGACUGCCGAUGUCGAUCUGAAUGGCGAGGCGGUCAACACUGCUGUCCGAGGCACACUUUCCAGUGCGCACCAUCGACAAGAAGGGGUUGAAUAUCCUGUCUGGUGCUUUCUUUUGACCACGGGAUACUUUGGGCGCGAAGACAAGUAUGCUUACGUGCUGGUUCUCGGGAGGUCGGUCUGUCAACCAAGUGUGUUUGAAAGAGUUGGGCUGAUGAUUCUCAAGUUGGGCAAGGAAUCAUUGCCGAGCUUCCUUUCGCCAGGAUUCUUUUCAAAUUGGCGCAAUGAAAGAGUUACCAUCAUUUAG